UCACACUUGAUGCGUUCAUCCUUGACACCGCAACCAAACGCAGGCAGCGUUCUCUCCAACGAAGUCUUGCUGUUUUCUGGAGUUUCUGAGAUAGGUGCUGUCUUAUUGCUCCGUACAGAAGUAGCGCAAAAUGGCCGCCAUGUCCGAUGUGGUUGCGGUGUGGGAGGUGGCGCUAAGCGACGGCGUGCACAAGGUUCAGUUUGAACACGGAACAACCACGGGCAAGAGAGUCGUCACCGUCGAUAACAAGGAGUUGUUGCGGAGAAACUGGAUGUUCAAGCUGGUGGGGAAAGAGUCCUUCACGAUAGGCAAGGGCCACAAGGCCGUCAUCUUCAUCGAGGCCGUCAGCGGGUUUGCGUACCAGUACACGCUGGACGUGGACGGGAAAUCCCUGGAGAAGUUCAUCGAAAACCGAUCCAAGACCAGCAAGACAUGGACGCUAACCCUGGACGGUGUAGACACCAGAAUUGUACUAGAGAAAGACACCAUGGACAUCUGGUGUAAUGGCAAACAGAUGGAGACUGCGGGUGAAUUUGUUGAUGAUGGCACAGAAACCCACUUCACAGUUGGCAACCAUGGCUGCUAUGUCAAGGCCGUCAGCAGUGGGAAGAGGAAAGACGGCAUCGUACAUUCCCUCAUAGUGGAUGGGAGUGAGAUACCUGAGGCCAUGGAGUGACCUUCCAGACCAGAAAUGUUGGAUAAGGUAGUUCAUGGUUUGAAGUGCACAUGCACAGCGUGAUGAAUUGUGGGUAAUAUGUCAAAGUUGAAGGCCCCUAGCUGGCCAUUCUUUAAGGUUCGUACUCUGUUUGACCAUACGGGGAAGUUGUCCGUGGAAACAAGACAAAGAUUAUAGGUGCCCCCAUAGUUUGGCUCCCAAUUUUUCAGCUAUUGCUCUAGUAAUCUUUUAUAUUUCUCAAAAAGACCGUUCUUUUAAGCGUUUUUCAGUGACACAGAUUUUUUCGUCAAGGAUUCAUUCCUAAAUAUUAGUGCACAAUAGUGGUAAUAUGCUUGAUAUCCCUGAUGGCGCAUUCGAUGUGCAGAAAACAAUGUUUGGAAAAGCGCUAGCACCUUUACUACAAAGAGUCAGAUCGGGCCGCAAUCGUAAAAAAAACUUGAUACGUAUGGUUUGCAAGGGCCCUUCAACACUAUCCACAUGUCAUCACUGCAUGUGUGCACUUCAAAAGUGUGAACUUAAACAUAUAGGGGGUGAAAUACUUAUUGUCUGACCGUUACGGCGUAGCGUGGUUCAAGAUCAUGGUAGUUUCCCCAAGAUUCGUCUCAAGUCAAAGUUAAUAGUAGAAAUGGCCAAAAGAGGAUCAACAAUUUGCCCAAAGCUCUGCUCAAUUAUAAUGGAAUACACAUCUAGAUCAACAAUUUGCUAAAACUACUAAUAUACAGUGGAAGCCAGUUAAUUGCACAACGGAUAAUCGCACACUUCUGUUAAUUGCACGAAAUCCCCAAAUCCCACGGUGGUGCAGCCCAGCUUAAUAACUUCGCUUUAUUGCACCAUUCGGAUAAUUGCACAAAAUGCUCUGGCAAAUUGUUUUUUUUGGGGGGGAUUUAAGCGGCUUCUACUGUAUUACAAUGUGAAAAUACGUGGAGAAUGUAGAACAAACAUUGCUGUGUCUAACAAAAUUCCCCACACAGACUUAGACUUAGUCUUUCCAAAUUUACGAAAUGAUGUCUGUGUUAGAGUAAUUUCUCUGUGGCUGAUCAACUCCUUUGGAAAAUUGUUGUCUUUGGCUGAUUUCUACAUUUUUUUUGGCCUUAAGAGGUCUUUGAUGGAAACUACUGAGAUCGUGUCAGCAUCAAAGUCUGCCUUGUUCCCACCCUUCAAUUGAGAUGUUUAUUUAUUUUUCUAAGUGUCAGUAGAGGCUAGAGACUGGGGUAUUAUGAGAAUAAAAACCCUGACAAGUGUGUGUGUUUAGCAAUCAUGUGGUGAUGUUUAGGCACACAAAUUUUACAUUGUGAACAAAAUCUAUUCUCAUCUUGAUUUUGGCACGUUCUUUUAAAAAAUUUGAGAAAAUUGCGAUGGACUAUUAAAAAAGGCAGUCUUUUUCAACAUUGUCCACGUGCUGGAAUAGGUUAGGAUUGUAAUCCGUCUUGUAUCAUGUACUGAUCAUAUCAUAAUGAGUUAUGUCAAUGUCUGUCUCACUCUUGCGUUUAAGAUCAUUUGUCUACAGAGAUGUAAUCCACGAAAUUAACUUUUUUGUGGCCCCUGGACACUGUAGGUAUCUACAUUAAUAUUCUGGGUCAAUUUAUGAUACAAAGCCACUACAUAAUUGAAAAAAAAAGCUCCUGGAAUGGGCAAAUGUUUUCAUUUAUGAAUCGUUGAUAAUAUUCUACACAUUAUUCUGUACAUUCCUAUAAGAAAGAGAAAUUUAAUUGCCGUGUCAGACUGUAGCCUAAGGAUUAGUAUUGAGACAAUUGAAAGAAAGUAGCCUUAAAUGUAGAUGUAGAUUAUCUGACAAUAGAUAGAAUAACAUCUAGUAAUGUUUUAAGUCUUGUUUAGUGAUUUUGAAGUCUUUUCAGUGUCCAAUGUCUACCACUGUGUUUUCUCAUGUGUACAUGCACACCUCAAACACAAAGUUGAGCCUCUAUCUUUGGGCACCUGCCAAUGACAAUAUAUAGCUAAAAAAUGUAAGAACUUUAUAAGAUAGGCAGUAGACUUGGGCUGUCUCCAGGACCCGUCCCUCUGUCCUGGGCGGAAAUUUGUUUGUUGGGAUGGACAAAAAUUUUACCCUUUCCGUCCCAAAAAUCUGAACCAUACUAUACAUACAUACGUAUAGAAUAUAACACAGUGUAUUCUGUAUCACCCGAGGUUCCAUCGCGACCGCGGGUUGAUUGCCCGAAGGCCGGAGAGCGAUCCGACCCGCAGGAGGGCUGGGACGGAGGGUUAUGCAGAAUACACCAUGUUGUAUUUUAUUUAUGUCAUACCCACCUGAAAGAACCCAUGUUUUGAUGCGAAAUGCGCCAGAAGUUGAACAAAUUUGAUGCCCUUGAACAAAUUGUGUUAGAACAGCAAUGUUCAAACGUCCGAAUCUGGUAUUUGAAUUGCCAACCGUGCCGCACUCGGCCCGCUCAAAAUGGUUUGAUUUACUCAAAGGAAGCCUGUGUGAUACAAACUUCGAGCCUGUGUGAUAUGGAAAGAUAUCACACGGUCCAGAACACCUGUAUCGAACAUUUUCGCGUCACAGUUAUGACAUAAUAUACAAAACUAUACCAGAAAUAGAUGAAAAUGUGUUUUCAUCAGCUUAAAAUGACAGAUGGCCUGCAUCAGCGAAGACUGAUAUACGGCGAUGAUGAUGAUGAUGAAAAUGACAGACUAAAACAAACAAACUAAAAUGAACAUCCUGAGCUCCAAAUUCAACAAUGAGUAGGACAGAAAAAAAAUAAAUCUGGAGACAGCCCUGCAGUAGAACAUGUUUCAAGGAAUAGAACCAUGGCGGCUUUCAAGUGUUUUAAUAAAGUUGUCUAUAUUGUAACAUAGCAUACAGUUGAGACUUGUAAUUAGGAUGUUUUGUUAGAGUUGAAGUGACAUAUCAAGUACCUUAAUAUGACAGUCUGAGUGGUGUAUUGUAUAAUUUCACAGGCAAUACCCAAGGUCAGUUAUUGGUCCUCAGUUUUGUAUGGAAAUGUCAGAGACAGGAAUAAAAAAAAAAGAUUGAUUGUAGAUUUUAAAAAAAACACAUUAGGGUGACAAAUAUGCACCAAUUUGUGAAGACAAAAAGAAGAAAAACAUCUACUAGGAACAUUUUCAGGAGUUUUAUCAAUAACUUGUUGAACUGAAUGAGAAUGAUUUCUUUUGUACUGCAAAUUAGUAUAACGUUACAUACAUUCCAUGUAAUAUUCCACCAGUAGAUAUAACUGCACACUGUUUUAUGCAGCUAGAAGGCUGGCAAGUUUUUGUUAUACUUUGGUAGAUCAUAGCUUAUGUGGUCUGGGGCAUAUCUAGUAUUGCUAUGUCGCUUUGACAAUAGUUUUCAGGAAAGUACAUGGCUAGCUGGAAGACUCGUAUCUUUUGUUUUUGAUAUCAGUGUUGACUGUUUUUAUUAGAAUAGCACAGGAAUUUAUGAUGUACGUACAUUGUAACAUGCUGCAUUUAAUCGUCCUAUGUGUUAACUGUUCUGGUAUUGGAAGAGAUACUGAAUAGAUAAAAUGCCUCGUCUUUCAACCUU